AUGUACGAUGGAUCGGACAUUUUGACGAUUUUGGAAAUAAAGGGCUACUGUGGUCAUGUAAACUGUAUAGUCACGCAAUACCGUUUUUAUAGCUGUGUAGUUUCUGCAAUCAUAGAAGCAACUGUAUCAUUAGAUGAUUAUCGGAUAAGAGCUACAUCGUUGUUAAUUGUAAGAGAUUCCGAACAAAGUGUAUCAACACUCUCUAUCCCAUUCUAUCUCUAUUAUGAACUACAUUGUACAUUUGAAACACUCAGGGGCACCGAGAAGAAAGACUUUAAAAGGCGCUUUUCUGUGUUUGAAUUUGGAUUUGCUGAAUCGAAUACAACAAAAAGAAGAAAUUCUGUCAAUUGCCUAAAAUGUACACCGUAUUUUCUAAUUUUAAGUUUCUUUCGUUUCGUUAAGCGUAGCAAUAAGGAUUACACUGGAAAUGUCCCUGAUUAG